AAUAUAAAUGUGCUGUAGCUUACAGUGUCGUUGCGUUUAUGCACCGCACGUGCACAAUUUUUUACCACGCGUGUACAUUAUAAUACAUUGUUAUUAUCGUGAAGUUUAGUAAAGCAUCGAUAGUACAUCAUCGAUAAGUCGAUGUAAACCAAUGAUUUCGAACGGUACGAUGACACAUAAUAUCAUAUUAUGACGUGAUUUCGGUCAACGGUCAAAAAUAUACUACUACUACUAUUACUACAACAGCGCCGCGCGUUCCACGUUAUCCACGUAACUAUAAUAUUAUUAUAUUAAUAUUAAUAUUAAUAUUUUCUGUUGCGGUCGGUACAACUGAACGCGUCAGUGUUUGCGCAGGAGGACGUAUACACAGUUUUCACCGGCGAUUAAUUUCCAUUGUGACUGCUCAAACUGUUUACGAUAACGGACAAUCAUUACACACGAUAUCGUGCGUAGAUGUAAGUAUAGACGAGGUGGACACGUCCGGUAAAACGAACGCGUUCGACGUAUAGUGUUGGUGUCCACUGUCCACGCAUUACCAUCAAUAACCGCAGUGUACCAUAGUGAUGAUGACCAUUUACUCUACUGUACCCGUAACGUCAAUGACAACGGUACCGGAAACACGGUAACGGCAACGUCUACCUACUUUUUGCAUUUGUGCGAGAUACCGUGCGCGUGCGCACGAGUACUGGAAAAGGUAGUCGAGUUGGGCGAUGAUACGCGUUCGGCGGCGUGUGCCAAAAGUCCGUGGUUAAUGAUCGUCGUGACCCGUGACGACCGCAGUAGAAGUGAUAUGACCACAACCACGGUGGCAAUAGCGACGGCGGCGGCGGGAGCGGUGUCUUGGCAGGUCACCACUUGGUCCACUGGUUCGCCCGCGGCAGUCUGCAAGAUGCGCUCGUCCGCCACGGUGACGACGACUGUCACCGCCAUCGCCGUCAAGCUGACGGCCGUAUUAUUGCUAUUGAUGGCGUCUUCGCACCCAGCCUCCGCCCUCGGACAACUACAGGGCCAGUACAACGGCCCAUAUCCGGACAUAUGUCCCAGUGAUAUAUAUUGCCACGGUGAACUUCUUGACGAUAUACAAAUGCAACAGCUGUAUUCAGACUCUAAAACUUUCGUAGACAAGAAAUUACGUCGGAGCGAAGCUGAAAUUAUAAAAUCGUAUAGGGAAUUGAAAUUACGAAAUAACGGUCGAGUGCCUAAUCGUGCUGUACUUACAAAGUUUGUUGAAGACAACUUCAGUGACGAUCCAUUAGUCGAGUGGGUGCCGCCUGAUUUUGUUGAAACCCCCACUGUCAGUACUUAUGUACAGGAUAAAAAUUACAAGAAUUGGAUCUUACAACUAAAUCAAAUUUGGAAAAGAUUGGCACGGAAGGUAGAUGAAGAUGUUAAAGUAAACCCCGAUCGGCAUUCAUCUAUUUAUUUGCCAAACGGAUUCUUCAUAGCUGGUGGCAGAUUCACUGAGCUUUAUUAUUGGGAUUCGUAUUGGAUCAUAAGAGGAGCAAUACUAUGUGACAUGAAAGACACUGCCAGAGGAAUCAUACAAAACUUCCUUUACUUAGUUCACCGUUUUGGUUAUGUACCGAACGGAAGUAGAAUUUACUAUUUAAUGAGAUCUCAGCCACCGCUCCUCAUCCAAAUGGCUGCAUCAUAUUAUACGUAUACAGAUGACUUAGAUUUUAUUAAGAAAAACAUACAAUAUCUGGAAGCGGAAUUCAAUUUUUGGAUGACAAACCGAACAAUAAAAGUUGAAAAGGCAGGUAAUACCUAUGUAAUGGGACAAUACAACACACAUACCAGAGGACCUCGUCCCGAAUCCUAUUAUCAAGACAAAACCUUAGCUAUGCCCUUUUCAAGCGUAGACGAUAAAAAUGAGUUGUAUUCAAGAUUAAAAGCUGCCGCCGAAACGGGUUGGGAUUUUUCAACCAAACAUUACAAUAAUUUUGGUCAAAAUACUGGAGAUUUGUCAAAUACGGAUCCACAAAAUUUUAUUUACGUAGAGUUAAAUGCAAUAUUACAAGCUAACGCAGUUGUUCUUGCACAAUUUUUUAAAUUAUUGGGUAAUCAAGCUAAAUUCAAAUACUAUGAUGACAUCGGUCACCGUUUUCAGAUUGGAAUAAACGCGUUACUGUGGAACGAAGAAGAAGGUAUUUGGUUAGAUUAUGACCUAACCACCAAACUGAGUCGUAAAUAUUUCUAUACGUCCAAUUUUGCACCAUUGUGGACUGGUAGUUACGAAAGAAAACUUAGAACGUAUUAUGGGAAACGAGCAUUGGACUAUUUGAUAGUUAACGGUGUUAUCAAUCAAGAUGGAACUCCAAAACUAAUUUGUGUACCAACGUCGAAUAUAAACUCUACUCAACAAUGGGACUACCCAAAUUGCUGGUCUCCACUUCAAGCCAUGGUAAUCCAAGGUUUAGACCGCACAAACUACAAACCUGCCCAGACUGUUGCAAUAAACUUGGCCAAGUCAUGGAUAAACACUAAUUACGUCGGAUAUAUAACCAGUGGCACCAUGUUUGAAAAGUACAGUGCACUCGAAGUAGGCACAACCGGCGGGGGUGGCGAAUACACGCCUCAAACAGGUUUUGGAUGGACUAACGGUAUAGUGUUCGAACUUUUCCGGAGAUGGGGACACCUAUUUAAAUCUACUUAAAUACUAUACUACUGAACCGACUAUGUAUUCAUAUUGUAUUAUAUAAAUCUAUAAUAUUUUUGUAUUAUUUUUACACUUACGUUUUAAAUUAAAUCGACGAUGUAGUCUAUUAUGGACAUAUUUGUACAGCAUA